CCGCACAAACCAAAAUGCCUCUCCAAAGAACAUGGCAGACCCAGAAUCUAGCUCUUUGACGUUCCCUUUAUUUCCAAAAUUACCUGCCGAAUUACGUGAUCAGAUAUGGCGCGAGGUUCUGCCCCAAGAAGUCAAGCCAUUGUUGUAUAUCUAUAAGACAGGAUGCUGGCGACCAGAACCCCUACAUGAGUCGGAUGCAGGUUAUGACCCCGAAAGUCGCCUUAAUUUUCACACCGUAUUUCGCCCGGAUCUGGUGGAAGGGACCUGGUUUGAGCUGCCGCUGGCCUUCGUUAGCCAUGAAGCUCGCCAUAUUGCCUUGAGUUGGCUUCGCGAGAAUGGGUUUACGAAGUCGCGUCUUACCAAGGAUAAACAAUGUCUUCUCUUCUUCUACCCUUUCAACCAAGCCCUUGAUGCAAUCUACGUUUCUCAAAAACAGUUAAUAUACUCCAUCCUUGAGUCUUUUGACUUUGCACCAUACAAUGGCCCGAGCGUUCCUAUUGAAUCAACCCUCCGACACAUCGCUAUUUCCGAGGAAACAUUUAUAGACCUAGGGACUGACGUAUCUGAGUUGUUGUUAUUUCAUAGCCGAUUAGAAACAUUCCUUAUUCUCGUCAAAAUACCACCGGAUAUGAAGCCUGCAGAUAACAGCAGGGAUGAGCAAUUUUGGUGGGAGUUCGAGAGUGCAUAUGGGUGGUCGUUCAGUUGGAAACGUGACCAUUGGGUCUUCAACGCCAGGGAUGAUGGCUAUAUCGGUGACGAAGGCCUAUAUAGAACUAUGCAAAAUUUUACUAUGGAGAUGAAUACAUCGGGUCACGACAGAGGGCGUCUCGGCGGCCAGGAUGUCGAAUUUACCCCAGUUUUACCCAUUAAAAGGUGGAACGGGCCCGUUUAACCAACAUUGUAUUGCUAUGAUCACAGGGAGUUAUGAGUGAAGAUUAUGGUGUCAGUGGUCUGGUCCCAGGGAAGGGUCACAUCACGGAGGAGCCUUAGUUUGGGACAUGGGAAUAGGGAAAUCAUAAAUGAAGAUGUCUUUGAGAUCUCGUAUCAAUUAGGUGGUUGGAAGCGUUUCUCCUCCCUCUGCAAUUAAAUUCAUGCAUAACGGACUAGCUACCUAGGUAACGGAUCC